AUGACAGCUCGUUCUCUCUCUGUAUAUCUUCGUAUGAUCAUCAACAAUGGAUCUUUCAUACUUACUACUCGAUCUAUAGCUGAAAUGCGAAUUAUAGUUGGAAAUGGUCUCAUUCCUUUCUACUCCGAAAAUUCAAUUGAUAAUGCUAUUGAAACAACCCAAAUGUCAACAGCUGCACUUGGUUGGUAUUGGUCAACAUUGAACGAUGGUCAUCAAUAUUUUGGACAUACUGGUGGACUACCAGGUAUAGCGCAUAUGAUGUUAAUCAAUGAGAAGCAUAGGGUGUAG